UUAGGUUUGAAAUUCUUUCCGUUUUAGAGGCAGCUGGUUUGUUUAAGUAGGAAUCGCUUAAAUUCAAAGAGAUAUUUUCCGCUCUUUUCUGACCCUAUUCAAAUAUUGUAUUUUGCGUAAUAAUAGGACCUCGCGCCCGUUCAUACUUAAGCAACUACAUCGUAAAGCUUUUUUGAUUACAUUCGAUGACAUUCUACGAUUACCGUUUUUUUAGUACGCUACUGUUCAUGUCGCUCACAAUGAUGACCAAGAAUACAGUUACUGUGGAACGAAACGCUGUCUUCUCGACGUCUGUACAGGUUCUCUUGAAGCAGAUUUCCGUGUAGCAGGAAAUCUUGACGAGUUUCCGUUCCCGCUGCCAAGGGAUUUGUCUCUACCGAGCUAUUUCUUCCAUUGUUGUUGCGUUUCCCACAGGAGUCAACUUUUGGGCAAAAAAACCUCAGUAUCGUCAUAGUUGAUCAUUUGCUCAGUUUUAUUUUGGGACUUAAAGCCCAUCCCCAAAACAGUCACGCUACCAAGCGUAUAACAGGUUACGUUUGAGUUGUGGUAACUACGCUUGAAGAGCUUUCCCAUAAAUAACAAGAAUUUUUUUUCCAUUCAACUGAUUGCCCAUUCUUUUAAAUACUGGAUACUGCACUGACUCGGAAUUUUCCCAGACCAAGUCAUACGAAACAGACGUACAGUGACACUUGUUAUUAUUAUUUAAGUACAACUGCAAUUUUCUUAAUUGGUUUUUUCUUUGAGAGAAACCCCUGAAGAAAAACCCCUGAACAGGUAAAGAUUCAAUUUGGAUUCAUGACAGGUUAAGGCACCCGCUCGUGUGGACUAAGCCGUGUCUGUGAUGAAUGAAAUCCCUGUUUAAGUCAUCCCAAACAUUUAGCUUUUUGAUAUGUUUACUAAAUAGGACACCUUGAAAGGCGCUGUUGGAUAUAAAUCUCGGUUAUAGUAAUGAUCGGAGAGUUAAGAAACAGUUUUUAAAAUGAUUGACAUUUCAUUUUAAAACGAGCGGGCACGUGUGCUUCUCCACAAUCAUGCGUUGGCGAAGAAACUUUUUUAUUUCCCUUGUAUCAUGCCUUCCGAUAUUUCUUUUUGCAAGUGUUUUUUAUCUUGUCAGGAUUUGCUUCAAAAAUUCGGACUUUACGACUAAAGGAGUAGCAACAGAAGUUGGUCAAAGGGAAACGAAUAGAAUCAGUGCUUCAUCCAAAAUGGUGCGAGCAGCAUACGACAAGAUUUCAUCGUUAGUUCACAUUCCCACGCAAGAACGGAUACUAUUCCUACGCGGAAGUCUUGACGAGAACAAAACGGAUAAAUUUGCAAGAAUGGAGGAGGGAAAAAUUUUUAGGAAAGAGAAUCAAACUUAUUUUAUAAAGAGGAAAGACAAAAAGACAAGAUUAAAACUCAUCGUUGCCAUUCUGAGCGCUCCGAUACGAUUUGAUCGUCGGGAAGGGAUACGACGAACUUGGAUGAACCAGUGUUCAUCGGAAGAAGUCGUAUGUCGUUUCUUUACCGAUAGCUUAUCCGAUAUGGAACCAAAUGUGCGAAGUGUCCUAGUAAACGAAAGCGCUAAAUACGGCGAUCUGGAAUUUAUGCCUGUUCCUAAAGGAUAUAAUUUCGGACUUCGGCUGUUAUGGUUGAUGGAAUGGUCUGUGGAAAGAUACGAGUUUGACUUCUUCUUGCGAAUGGACGAUGAUUAUUUUGUCUGCUUAAAACGACUGCUGUUCGAAAUCCCCUUCCGGCCCCAGAAGAGACUGUAUUGGGGUUAUGUUCACUGUGAAGUUGAAGGACUUGUGCGAAUAGACGAAGGCUUCCUCCUUUUAUCAGGGGACUUGGUAUUGGAAUUUACAAGCAAAAGAGAUAAGUUGCUUUGCCAUCCGUUCGGUGAUCAAACAAUCGCGAUAUGGAUAAACGAUGUUCAAGAUGUUAUCUUCUUUCACGAUCCACGUAUAUUUCACGACGUAUCAGCGAAAGUUCCCGAAUUCAAGUCAUUAAGUAAAAUGUGUUUGAAGUACAUCAGUCUACACGGAUCUUAUUUGCACGAAAUGUUGAUCUACUGGGAAACCUCUUCAAAAGAAAACCAUUCGACCUAUUGGGUCCCAUCCAUUCAACCAAUCAGCAACCUUUGUCCAUUAAGCACGCACUUUGAUUGGCGGGCCAUGGGAGGCCCACCGUAUGGUUAUGAGCCAAAACCGUGCGUAUUAAAACCGCUCUGGGACAUCGGAAGCAUGCAUCGAGGAAGGAACAUGAUGUGAGGACCUUGGCUAUAAAAUGAAAUGAUGCACUGGUUCCCAGACUCUCAAUUACGACCUUCAUUCAUCCAAGAGUGAAACAGAGAAAAACAUGAACACUUUGAUUUGGUUCUGACAGGUGAACUUUGUACUGAAUAAUCACUGGUUAUUGCUUGCAGUUCAGGUUUCUAACACCUUAUUGAUUUCCUUGUGGAAACAAGUACGAACUCUUCCAUAAAUGUCUGGUAGUCAGUCUCGAAUAAUUCAUAAAGAUGAAAUUAAAUCAAUCAUCAAGAGUUAACAUUUAAUAAGGAAAGCCUCCCGGUUAGCUCAAUGGAUAGAGCGCUGAACUGUUGUGCGGGAGGUCGAGGGUUCGA